AUGGGGAAUGUACUAGAGUCUGGGCUAGAGAAACGAAAGGAAAGUCUGCGGGUCUGUGGCAAUUUCUGUUGCGAGCAGGAAACCCCGCCAUUGAAUGCAAGACUCGUUCGUUCGCCAGGUGCGAUUGUUCGAGUGGUGGAAUCACUGCCUUACAUGAAUGUUAUCAUCAAAGUCUGUGGUCAACCAUCAUCUCCAAACCAUACAUCUCCAUCUCAGGAUGCUAGUGCUGGGAUAGGUGCGAUGAUAAGCAUGGACCCAAAAUCUGAUCGCCCGACAUUCACGGCAAUAUUCUGUCCUAACGAGCACGAUCUCGUCUCGCCAUGCCCGAAGGUAGGAGAUGUACUCCUAGAGAUCGACGGGGUGUCUGUGAGAUAUAGCAACGUGUACAACAUCGCGUCCAAGAUGCUCGGUCCAGCAGGGACAUCAGUGGAGAUCCUUGUGUCAAGAGGAGAAGAGAACGUUCCGAUCUUGAUGAGGAGGAGAUUGUUGAACGUCAAGGAAAUACAGAACAAGGUCGGGGGCCUAUCGAGGCAAAGCAUCCGCCCUCUCGACAUGACUAUCAUAGUUUAA